GAGAGAGGAGGAGAGGAUGGAAGAGAGAAGAUGGCAAUGACAGUUUGUAGGGCAGGCAUUUGCUAAGAGGUGGGAAGAGAAAGUGAAGGAAAGGAAACGGACAUCGGCAUAAGUAAAGAACAGAAGAGAAAGAUUUAAGUGGAAAAAGCAAGCUUGAACAAACAGAAGGAAAAUAGAAGGGGGGAAAGGGAAGAGGAGAGAGCAACAGAAACAACAGUAGGUUUGACUUAUCACCAUGACAACAGAAGCAGGCUCUGAGACAGAGGUGAAGGAGAAAGCAGAGGAGUCAGCUGCUCAGCUGGACCAAUCAGAGAAGGCAUCUGGAAAGCCUGAGGAAGUAGCGAACGCAGAACAGGAGGAGAAAGAACAGGAGAAGGAGAAAGAGGGCAAAGGAAUAUCUCGCUACCUGCCAUCAUGGCUUAAGAAGCAGAAGUCACAAAGCCAGACUUCCCCAACCAAGGAGGUCCUACCCGCAGAGGAAGCUGUUAGCAAGGUGACACAGGAAGAGGAGGGGCCUGCUCCAGAAGUGAACGGGCACGCAGAGGAAGUGGAAGAGAAAGAGGCAGUAAAGUCAGAGCAAGUGCAGACAAAAGAAGCAGAAUCGAAUUCCAAUGCCAUCGCUGACACUGAGCCUGCCAAGGAAGAAAGUGCUAUGAAAAGUCCUGAGGAGGCCAACGAGACAACACAGGGGGACAAAGCAGUAGAGCAGAAGAAAGAGCUGGAGGAAAAGGUGAAAACUGAACGGGAGGGAGGAGGAGAAGGCCAGAUGUCCAUUUUCCCAUCUCCUCUUCGUCUGGUGAGGAAGACCAAGAUGAAGCUGGUGGUGUGCCAAGUGGCACUCCUGGACGGGACCGAUUUCACCUGUGAGGUGGAGAAACGUGCUAAGGGUCAGUACUUGUUCUUUAAGGUGUGUGAGCACCUUAAUCUACUGGAAAAAGACUACUUUGGUCUGACAUACAAGGACAGCCAUGAACAGAAGUGUUGGUUGGAUCCCACUAAGGAAAUCAAGAGACAGAUCCGCAGUAACAACUGGCAGUUUGCAUUCAAUGUCAAGUUCUACCCUCCGGACCCCUCCCUGCUCACCGAAGACAUUACCAGGUACCUGUUAUGUCUACAGCUUCGUGAAGAUGUGGCCUGCGGUCGUCUGCCUUGCUCAUUUGUUACGCACGCUCUGCUUGGGUCAUACAUAUUGCAGGCAGAAUUUGGUGACUAUGAUCCUGACCAGCCUCAACCUCUGGACUACAUCAGUCACCUGACCUCUGAACCCAAUCAGAACAAAGAGAUGGAGGAGAAGAUUCUUGAACUCCACAAGUCCCAUAGGGGAAUGACACCAGCACAGGCUGAUGCCCAGUUUCUAGAAAAUGCCAAGAAACUGUCCAUGUACGGAGUCGACCUGCACCAUGCUAAGGAUUCUGAUGGCGUAGAUAUCAUGCUUGGCGUGUGUGCCAACGGACUUCUGGUUUACAAAGACAAGCUUCGAAUAAAUCGCUUUGCUUGGCCUAAAAUACUGAAGGUUUCAUACAAGAGGACCAACUUCUACAUUAAGAUCAGACCAGGAGAGACGGAGCAGUUUGAGAGCACGGUGGGAUUCAAACUCCAAAAUCAUCGGUCAGCCAAAAGGCUGUGGAAGGUCUGUGUGGAGAAUCACACUUUCUUCAGGUUAAACGCACCAGAACCUCCUACCAAGGCUCGCUUUUUGACUCUGGGCUCUAAGUUCCGUUACAGCGGUAGAACUCAGGCCCAGACCCGUCUGGCCAGCUCCCUUAUAGACCGACCUGCACCCAGCUUCGAACGCACCCCGUCAAAACGCAUCAGCCGCAGUCUGGAUGGAGAGCCAAUGAUCAGUAUAACUGAGAUGGGCAGGGACAUGGCUGAGAAUGGACGUGAGCCCCGCCUGGAGCUCCACUCUGACUCUAAGAGUCCAUUGAGAGUGCAUGGGGACAAUAUUUAUGUGAGGCACAGUAAUUUAAUGUUGGAGGACCUUGAUAAGACCCAAGAUGAGGUUCUGAAACACCAAGCUAGCAUUAGCCAGCUAAAACGCUCCUUUAUGGAGGCACCACCUCCCUCUCCUCCUCAGCCCAACCAGUGGGAGAAACGUCUCACCUCCUCUCCCGCUGCAGUGAUACGUAUUCAACAGCAACAGCAACAAGUGGUGAGUGUGCCCCAAACGGAAGCAUCUGCAGCAGAUAACAUGAUCUCUGAAAGCAACGAACCUGCAAAGACAACAGAAGUUGAAAUUGAAGAAACUGUUGUCAUCCAAGAGGUUUCCAAAGCAACCAAACCUGGAUUUGUGACAAUUACAAGCAGCUCCCCUGUUGGCCCACCAGCAGAGCAGGAAACAAGAAAACAGGAAAUGAAGGUUGAAGAGGAAGUAGUGAUAGCCGUGGAAGAAAAGGUGGUGAAGCAGGAGAGUGUUUCAUCUGAGAGCGAGAGUGAAGACGAAGCUGAGUACCACCCAAAUGUCCCAAUCUCCAUCUCUCAUACACAAAUAUCAGAGGUGGAAGAGGAGGAAGAGCAGCAGGAGAAAGAGGAGGAUGAGGUGGCGGAGCAUGACGUGUCAGUUCCAGGUGCUCUUACACUUCCUGUAGCAGGCCAACCUGCAAAAGAAGCCAGUGAAGAGAUAGAGGAGUCCAGGACAGAGGAUGCAGAGGCUGAAAAGAAGAUGACUUCAGCGGAUGAGAAAGAAAGGGAGCACAAGGCAGAAGAGAGCACAGAUGAUCCUUUGAUGACACCCGAGGAAGCUCCCAGCAGUGUCUCCCUGCCUGAGGAGCCGGUGGCUGAGUUGGUGUCCUCAGCAGAGGAAGAAGAGGAGCAUAAAAUGAACGGAGAGUCCUCUCUGGUUGAAGAGGAGCCGCAGCCACAGGUUAUUUGUUGCUCUGAGCCACCUGUGGUAAAGACAGAAAUGGUGACUAUAUCAGACACGUUUGCAGCCCAGAAAACAGAGAUAGCUACAAAAGAAGUGCCCAUCGUACAUACGGAAACCAAGACCAUCACAUAUGAAGCCGCUCAGUUGGAUGGUAAUGGCGAUGACGAGCCUGGAGUGCUGAUGACUGCUCAGACAAUCACCUCUGAAUCUCUGUGUACUACUACAACGACGCACAUUACCAAGACAUUGAAGGGUGGCCUGUCAGAGACGAGGAUUGAGAAACGCAUCGUCAUUACUGGUGACUGUGACAUCGACCAUGACCAGGCACUGGCCCAGGCCAUUAAGGAAGCCAAAGAGCAACAUCCUGACAUGUCUGUUACCAGAGUGGUGGUUCAUAAAGAAACUGAACUGACUGAGGAGGAGGAGGAUUGACUGAACUCAGAGCUGAGUGGGCCCGUCGAUUUCUCUGUUGAGGUUGAACGACCUUCAUCACCCUGCGACAACCAACCUUGACUGACCGAUGAGGAGCUAAAGAGAGAAGUCACCAUUCUCGUCCCUGUUGCUCUUUCUUACAUGUCUGUGGUGCAUCUAAAUCCUGCACUCCAAAACCAAGAAGAAAAAAAAAAUAACCACUCUUUUUUGAGGGAACAAAAAAAGAACCACUUUGUUAGCUUAAUAUUUGUAGUGUUUUUUUUUAUUAAUAGUGCUUCUUUCUUUAGUGAGUCUGUCAUAUAUCACAAAGAUAAAACACUUAGGAAUGCACUGAUAAUUAAUCCUGAUGUGAUACAAGGCCUAAUUACAUUGAUUGAUCAGUACCAGCGUACUUCAGUAACCCCCAAAAGUCAAAACAGGUUGGUGCUUUUUUCAUAGAUAGAAAGGUUUUAGCAGACCCCCAAUUUUUUUUUUUUUUUUACUAAUUUUUGUUAAAAACUAAAAAGAUGGCUGUUAAAUACUGUAUUUGGAAUCUGUAUCAGCAGUGGACAAGUUGUAUUGGUGCAUUUCUUUACAUUUUUUUACCUUUUCAAAGUAAUGAAAUCUCGCAGUUUCACACAUUACGACACAUUCACAGUCAAAUGAAUGCUAAAAAACAGCUUUGUCACAUUAUCCCAUUUUCUUAGUAAUAAUUACAGAAGUUUGGGGGCUAUCUCUUCAGAUGUUACAGUCAUGGCUUUGAAUUGUUAUGAUUUUGUCUUUCUGUCUUAUUCAUCUUCAUUUCUUGUGUGUUGACUGGUGGUUGAGUGAAUUCAUUUUCAGUUCAUUUCACUUUUUACUCAACUCCAAGAAGAACGUAUGUUUUGACAUUUGCAGUAGGUGGGAAUGGAAGGCAUUUUAAUAGGGUCUGUGGGUUUUACUAGAAUUCAUUUUUACUAAAUGGAAAUAACUGUGAACUGAAAGUGGACUGACUUUAAAGUUGGUGUAUGAAACUUUCUGUACAGUAAAUAAAAUGUUGUUAUGCCGUAAUGCAGCUUUUCUAAAUGCUCCCCCUGAGCCCGAUCACUGUACGACACUAUCCAUUCCGAUUGGGCUGCAGGGAAGCAAGCAAGGGAGUAGGGAACUGACUUUCUGAUUGGGAGAGAGGACCAGUAAAUGGAAGGAUAAUUGGGAGACAGAGGUGGCGCUGUGCAGCGCUGACUAACAGUAACAACUUGGGAGUGAAAAAGAAUUUGAACAUAGAUGCAUGUUGGCUUUACUUUAUGAAAGGUUAUGUUUUGGUCCUUUUAGUUUAUAUCCUGCUGUGAGUUAAAGCUGUUUUAAUGUUCUUAGGACAGUGCUUAACAAGUCUGUAGUUUAAUUUAUUCAAAAAGAGUUUCAGGCUACAACCAGCACAGGUACUGAACUGAGAUCAUCCAGCUGAAACAACUUGAAACCAGUUCUGUUCCAAAUUCAGUUCAAUUUCUACCAGUUUGCUAGCUCUGCAUUUCAGCCUGUUUGUCACCAUAGUUCAGCACCUAACUUCACUCCCAGCUUCUCUCCAUACCAAUAUAAUCUGCCAGAUCUAUUGAGAUCUGCGAUUAAUUUCCUUUUGCCUUCACACAUUUUAUCUUGCAAGACUGUUUUGAUUGAGUUUAUACAGAAGGCUACUGUGUUGACUGGUUUGAGACUGUGUAGAUAACAGAUCAUCUUUUAAGAAAAGGUUGUUUUUGACACGACUGUGUUGUAACGGAAAUGUGAGGGUCUCAGCCAUAACCAAAUAUUUUAAUGCAUUAAUGUGAUUUUUUUUUUUAAAUAUUUUUUGAACUGUUUCAAUUUAAAUAUGACAUUUGUUUAUGUGGUAACACUUCAGCAUGCAGCCUGCAAUAUUCAGCUUAAUUAAAUGGGAUUUACAGUAGGUUUUUGUAAUAACUGUCUGUAUAGUAAGUAGUAAUACAUACUUGUAGGUACAAGGGAAAAUAUGUAAAGUUUGGGGAAUAAGGGGGUAAAAAGCUGGAAGUAUUUUCUAACUAAGUGAUACCUAUUCUCCUAUGCAUGAGUACUACUUUGACAAAAAGCUACUUCCUGCUUAUUUAGGCUGUAAAUUGUGGGCUGUAUUCUAAAGCAUUAGUUUAUUUAUAAAGGAUAAAAUAUGCCCUCAUCCACACGUGGGAUGUGCCUGAAAAAUAUUUAUUUACAAGUGGGUGGUUUAAAAAAAAAAAAAAAAAAAAGAAGGCCUUUAAUAAAUACGAGCUAAUACAUCAAUGUGUACUUUCACCCCUCAGGGCAUGUUUUUCCUUUUCAAAUUAUAUUUUCCUCCUCCAAGAGCACCAGUGGUCUCAGGGGAUACCAGAAGUGCUCCUGUUUGGGUUUUGUUUUGUCCUUUUUACAUUAAUUUGUAUUCAACAUUAUUCUGCCACUUUAACAUGACACGGAAUCUGUCACUCCAGUACAGACGGACAUGGGAGCAGUUAUAACAUGACAGUAAAAUGCAGCUUAAAGGGAAUUGUAUUAGAUGGUCUGAAGUGCUCUUGAAACCUCUAAAUGGAUUUUAUGUGUGUCCUUUGACCUAAAUGCUCAACAGAACAUCACAAUAAUGUGUCUUUGCAUAAAUACAAAGAUUUUAAGUAUGCGCAGUGUAAUGUAACUGUAAGCACAGAAGUGCCACAGAUUAAUGUAAAAACACCUGGACCUGUCUGAAGGGGCAUAACGACAGUUUGAAUUGGAGUCAACCAAAUAAUUAAUGAAGGUUUUUAAUGAAAAAAUAUUGACACAAUCCCCACAUGUAGUUAAUGUGAUCGGGCUUUAAAAUUUUAUCCCUGGACUGAGGAACAUCCAGCAGAUGUAGUGGUAAUGACUGUCUGGGCUUUUCUACUGGGAAACUGGUUUCUGCUUUACAGUUAAAUAACCUUCCAGAAGAGGGGGGAGCUUUCACCUCUAACCCUCUUACAAAGACACAAAACACCAGAAAGACAUGGAAAACAGACACUAGGCAGUUUCAGAAGCUUCACUGUUUAAAAAAAAAAAAAAAAACAACAAAAAAAAACUUGUGAAGCAUCAGUAAGUUCACAACAGUGAUAUUUGUAGCUUUUCUUCUCUCACUGUCUUUCCUCUGUGAAACUCAAGUUGUCAAAAGAUGGGAUUUGUUGUUCCUGCUUGGGUAUUUGUCAUAUUGUCACAUUGUUUACUGGCAAUGAAGAAACACCACUUCAAGUUUUCUUUUGUACUUUUAGCCACAGGUUUAACAGCUUUUUGGGGGUUUGGGCUUGCGUUUAACCAAUCACAGGAGCUUUGGGGCUGUGGGCUUUGGUUUUCCAAAAUGUUGGUUGUGCUUUUUUUUUUCUGUGAGUUUUAUGAGAGAUCAUCCCGAGAUAAAUACUCACAAAUGAAUGUCUUUGCAUCAGAUUAUUAUUCAGAUAAAAGUAACAUAUACUGAGUUGGACUGUUUAAGGUUUUAGUGGUUACCAUGGCAACUCCAUGGAUGAAAAAGAAAAUAAUGAUUUUGUGCCAGUCGGGGGUGUGAACGGGACUUGGUGCCAUGAAGUAAUGUUUUAAAAGUCAAAUGUUAUUUGGACUAUACUCUUUACAGUUACAUCUCAGGCUUUGAACUACAAUUUGGCUGUUUGAGACAAUGUGUAAAGUCAAUUAAAACCAGCACAUUUUUGUAUUUAUCUAACUGAUUUU